UCGCGGCUUGCCAGUGCUUUGAGUACAUGAAAGUGGACAUGAAUGUAAAGCCAGUAAGUAUUUUAAUGCUAACGGGGAUCUGCACUGCUUGGCCACCUAUUGCUCAUGAUAGCAGAUGCAGCAUUUCCCAGCCCUGUAAGACCUGUGUCCAAGUGCGCAGCGUACAGAUAUCAAUAUGACAACAAGACUAAUUUGUGCGAACAAGUUUGCUGCAGCUCAUGCUCCAUUUUCUUCUUUCUUAGAAUGCAGCCAGACUUGCAGAAGCAUUGAAGUAUGCUUCGUGCAUCGCCCACGCGCGAGCUGUGGAUCUGGGUUGGUGACUGUGUACUAUUUUAACACCAGAAAUGACACAUGCCUCGCAGAGCAGGGCUGCACUUACAAAGGAAACAACUUUCCCUCCUUAGAAGAAUGCCAACGCACAUGUCGUGCAAAGCCGAAAGCCCCUUCACCAGCCGUACCUUGUCGUCCGGGUUGUACGCGGCCGACCACCUCGAAUACCGGAGGGACACCAUCAUUUACACCGCAGAUACCGCAGUCGCCACCAAGCAGACCAAUGGUUCCACCGCAGAUUCCACAACAAUGGGGCGGUGGAAUACCGUCAUCCAAUGAACACCAACGGACCCAGGGACAAACUCCGAGUACAGGAACAAUGCGACGACCUGUACAAGAGCCUCGGAAUCCGAAUUCAGUGACAUCAAGUUCGCACCAGCAGUCGCAGCAACAGCAGCAGCAGUGGAAUGUUCGGUUUCCAUCAGUGCCUCCUCAACUACAAAGCCCCGGAGCUCACGACAUCAGAUGCAACGUCUCCGUACCCAUACAACCAAGCAGCAACUGCACAGGUUACAGAUAUCAAUACGACCGCAGAACUCAUUCGUGUCAGCCACUUUGGUGCAGCUCGGCGCCAUUUUCAACGUUCAUGGAAUGCAGCGAGACCUGCAGAAGCAGUGAAGUAUGCUUCAUGCAUCGUCCACUCGCGAGUUGCGGAUCGAAGUCGGUGCGUGUUUACUACUUCAACACCCUAAAAGACGCAUGCUUCGAGGACCUUGGCUGCUCUUACAAAGGAAACAACUUCCCCACGUUAGAAGAAUGCCAACACACAUGUAGGCCAAGUAAGUAUACAUCUCGAAGACUUGCUUAAGAUAUAUAAAGAGUGCGGCGCUGUGUCGCCAAUUUAUGUUUGUUCUUACGUCCAAAAUCAA